AUGUCUGCAGGGUUCGUUUCUGCAGGAACAGAUCAGGAGCCCGUUGAGCGUGAUGACGAAUGGCUCCGCGCACAGCAAGAAAUCGAGGAGGAGCGAAGGCGAAAAGCAGAGUUAGGGAAGCAGAAUGAUGGGAAAAGUUUAUUCGAUGUUCUCCAGCAAAAUAAAAUGGCCAAACAGGAAGAAUUCGAGGAAAAGAUCAAGUUAAAGAACCAAUUCCGUGCCCUCGAUGAAGACGAAGUCGAUUUUCUUGACUCUAUAAUGGAGUCUACUCGAGCCCAGGAGGCCACCGUGAAGAAGGAGACUGCCGAACAAUUGGAGUUGUUCCGACGGCAACGGGAGGAGGCAGAAAAGGCUCACCUUGAGGAUAACACGGCAGAUGUUGCGCCAGCGGCUGAAGGAGAAGACUGGAAGAUUGCCCCCCGCAAGAAACGACGCGAUAAAAGCAGCACGUUGCUCGUUCCAGGCCGAAAACGUAAAUCCGUGGGCGAAGAUACUACCGAUGAUCCCUCGAAAGAACCGGGACAGAAUAAAAAAGCGAAGGAAAACGUUGAAGAUAAGGGCAGCGAGGACGUGACUUCUACAACCGCAGAGGAGGAUGUCAAACAGGCAGAUGUGGACAAUGGCAUCAAGGUUGCAAAGGGCACGCUAGCUCAACAACCCACGAAGCAAGCUGCUAGUCCACCUGCACCGUCUCUUGGCUUGGCUGGGUAUAGCUCAGAUUCGGAGUGA